CCGAUCCGCUCUUUCCCCGGAUCCACAGUUCCCGUCCGGAGGGAGGCUGGUGAUCAUGGGAUGCUGGAACGGUUGUUGGGAAACGGGAUGCUGAGCCAGCAGCAUCCUCCGGAGCGCGCCCCACGGGUCUCUGCCUAGGGAAUGUGCAUGGGGCUGCAUGAAGGGGGUCGCUCCGCCGAGUCCCUUCUCCUCCUCCUUCUCUUUGUUGCUCAGCUACUCGGGGAGGGGGGCUGUUCAGACUGGGCUCUGCUGAGAUGACCUCCUCCAAUCAGACCUGCCGGUUGGGUACCUGUUGAACCCCCCUUCCGACUUCAACCUCUUGGACAUGUUGGAGAAGGGGGUGAGCCGAUGGGUGCCUGACGGGCGGGAGCCUUGCCAAGAGAGGCAUCACCCUAGCCAGAACUGCCAGAGACCUGGGCUGACAUGCGCGAGCCCCUUCUGGAGGGCAUGGGGUUUGCGCUCAAGUACUUGGGCAUGACGUUGGUGGAGAAACCUAAAGGGGAGGAUAUGGCGACUGCAGCCAUUCACCGGAUCAUUACCAUGGCUCGGGUGGGACCGAAGAAGUUCCAGAAGGUGAUUCUGACUGUGUCGCCCCGGGGCCUUUCUCUACAGGAUGCCGAGACAAAGGAGACCAUUGAAAAUGUCUCCAUCUACAGGAUUUCCUAUUGCACCACGGACAAGCUGCAGAACAAAGUCUUUGCCUACGUGGCCCAGAACCCGCAGAGCGGUGCGCUUGAGUGCCAUGCUUUUCUGUCACCCAAGAAGAAGAUCGCCCAAGCUGUGACGCUGACUGUGGCGCAGGCCUUCCAGGUAGCUCUGGAUCUUUGGGAGGCUGCCCAGGCAGGCUCCCGGCAAGAGCACUCGCUGAGCAUGCUGUGCCCUGUGGAAAGUACCUGCCAGCCAGUCAGGUCACCCAUGGGCAGUCCCCCCUUUAAGACAAACUUUGAGGAGGAGGAUGAGGAGGAAGAAGAAGAGGAGGAAAGCGAUCUCCCCGACUCCUUUUCUGGUUUCACAGAAGAAGGUGGCUGCUCUGCGACAGAUGUGGGCUGCGUUGCUUUCGGGAGCUCCCCAGUCACACAGUUCCAGUCGGAGGCGACGAUGGGAAGUGGCCACCCCAACAGCCACCUGCCCCCAGGGAUGCUUUUCUAACUUGGACUCUGACACCGCCAUCUUCGCCAUCUCCAGCACCACUCUUCUGUAGCACACAAAGGACCAGCUGAUCUCCUUCAGCUCUCCAGGCGCAGCUCCCUGAUUGGCUGGCAUCACCUUACUUCACUCCGAGCCUCAGUUAGCCUCUGGGUCACCAGCAGUUCUUCUGCGGCUUGGCCUGAGUCACCUGAGGGUAGACUGCGCCAGGCUCUGCCUGUAGCUGGGGGUGCUCCAGGACCUCCUGUGGGUAUAUUGGGUAAUGGGGCUGGGCCUUGUUUGAAGACCCCACCCCUGCAGGCCAAGGGGUGCAUCCCGCCUCUGGUCAGGCAUGCUACUAUACAGGGAGAUCAGUUUCAAUCCCCUUUUCCCCUGCUUCUUGGAGGAAGCUGUGUGUUGUGGGGGUACAGGGGAACUCUAGCCUCUCUGCCAGCUUUCCUUGUGGUCCAGUGGGAAGGUGGCAGCCCCGCCCCGCCUCUGUCCCCGUCUCUCAUCACUGCCAAAUCAGCUUUGUAGCAAAAAGAUGUUAGUUUUUCAUGUCCUUUUCUAAAGGGAAAUAAACAAUUUGUACUGUU